CCAUGUCCUUUCAUUGGUGUGAUAAUCUGCAUACAGCAGUCUUUAGUCCUCGUGACUAUCAAGUGGAGCUUUUAGCUGCUGCAUUUGAGCGCAACACCAUGAUUUGUUUGGGUCACAAAUCGUCCAAGGAAUUUAUAGCACUGAAGCUAUUGCAAGAAUUGGGACGUAAACAACGUCUGCUGGGCAAUAAGAUUGCUGUGUAUCUUAGUUCAAGUAAAACGCCAGCCAUGUUUACGAUGUUGCAGCACUUGACAGAUCUCAGGGUAUAUCAGGAGGAAUCAAACACCACCGGGGGGUUUUAUGAAUUGCCUUUGGGGUUUAAUGUUUACAUUUUACAACCGAAAACAUGUCUCCAGUUGUUGCGUCAAGGCAAUCUGCAGAUGUGCAGGAUGUAUUUGUUGGUACUGGAUGAUUGUCAUCAAAAUCAUGUUUAUUCAGAUAUACGCGAGAUAUUUAGUGAUUUUUAUAAAACCGAAAAUAUUCAUGAAAUGCCAAAAGUUUUGGGUCUAGCUGGGCCACUGCACAGUGCCGGCUGUGAUUUGGCGGAAUUGUCCGCAAUGCUGAAUGCCCUGGAGAAGACAGUGCGAUGUAGAACGGAAACGGCAAGUGAUAUUGUUACAGUUUUAAGAUAUUGUGCCAAACCAUUUGAAUAUAUUGUCCAAUGUGCUCCAUACAAACAAGAUGAAUUAUGUUACAUCCUGCAAGAUGUUCUACUUACACGCAAAGCUUUCCUCAAUAAUCAUCGUUACGACCCGUUCGAAAUAUAUUGCACCGAUGAAUUUAUCGAAGAACUCAAAGACAUUCCAGAUCCGAAGAAGGAACCUCUAGAAUUUCUUGAGACAAUGCUGCAAGUGCUAAUGGAAAUGGGACCAUGGUCAGCAGAUCGUGUGGCUUUUAAUAUGUAUCAACGUAUUGAAAAACAAAAAAUAAAAACACCACACGAACGUCACUAUAUUCUGUUGUGUUUGGUAAAUACCGCACUGUUGGAGGUCCAUGCAAUAUGUGAACAAAAUUUCCGUAAAUUUAAAACUAAUCACAAGGAAUGUGUAGAGAAACAUUCAAGUCCGAAGGUGCUUAGGUUGUUGGAAGUUUUGCGUCUCUUCAAACCGGACGAUACGUCAAGCAAGAAUGAUACUAUCAAGAGGAUAAGCAGUGAAUUGGAUCAAAUGGAUUUUCAAAAAUUAUCGCGAAUCCUGGAGACCAAAUGCCACAGUGUGGAGCAGGCAGUGGAAAAGCAACAACUAGAAAGUAGAUCAAUUGUGGAGAACUUAGACUCAAUUAUUAAACCUGAGUUUCAAGCCAAAUUAAAUGCUGAAAAUGCACAACUCAACAAUGGUGUGGGUGGUGAUUGUGAUAAUAAACCACCCAACACUAAUACGAAAAAGACUGAAGAUAAUAUUAAAACAUCAAACUCCACAAACCAUCGUCACCAUUCGAGUUCACAUCAUAAUCGACCAAAACGUAGACCAUUUCGUCGACAUAAUCGUGAUCAUAAUGAUGGUUCCGACACACUGUGUUCAAUUAUAUUUUGUAAUACAAAUUAUACGGCUCGUGUACUCUUCGAAUUAUUGGCCGAAAUGAGUAGACAUGAUCCGGAUUUGAAAUUUAUCAAGUGCCAAUUUACAACGGAUCGUGUUGCCGAUCCCAUUACAGAACCAAAAGAAGCAGAAUCCGAACAUCGUCGUCAGGAAGAGGUACUGAAACGUUUUCGUAUGCAUGAUUGUAAUGUUUUGAUAGGCACUUCGGUAUUAGAGGAGGGAAUAGAUGUGCCGAAAUGUAAUUUAGUAGUGCGCUGGGAUCCACCCACAACUUAUCGAAGUUAUGUUCAAUGUAAAGGUAGGGCCCGGGCUGUUCCAGCAUAUCAUGUGGUAUUGGUUGCCUCGGACACGACAAAUGAAACCCACCGACUGGAAGCUAAAAAUGAACAAUUAUCGGAUAAAAGUCAUAAAUUAUUGUGUGCACUAUCCGAAGAUCAAGAUAAUUGUCUAACUGAUUCAGAAAAAUCCGACAAAGAAGAAGAUGAUGGCGAUGUUAAGCAGAUUAAUGGCAUUUCUACGAAACAGAAAUUUGUAUAUGGUUCAAGUAAGGGUACCAUUAAGAUAUUAAAUCCCGAAGUGAUUACCAACAAACAUCCAUCCAAGCAGACAACAAAAGGAAGUGAUAUUGUUUUGAAAGAAAUCGAAGAGGUAACGCUAACAAUUAAGGAUGCUAAUAGUGAAGAGGAAACCAAGAAAGAAGUUCUAAAUUCAAAAACAUCGCAAGAAAAAGAUCAAAAAAAAAAGUACUUUCAAUGUUUGUUGCAAAAUACAGCAGUUGAAGACAAUUCCAAGGCUAAGAGUGAUGAAACGGAAUCAGCUAAAUUUCAAAACAUGAAGAAAACCACAGAUGAUAUUGUCAAACAAAUGGCAGAGUAUAGAGAAAUCGAAAAGAUGCUCCUACAAAGAUGUGCAAAUAUCGAACCAGCCGAAAUUGAACACAAAGAAGCGGACAUUUUCAACAAUUGCAUAAAACCAUAUAAACCCUUGGCUCAACUGUUAACAGGAGCCUAUGUCGAUCUCAGUAAUUCCAUAGCUUUAGUAAAUAAGUAUUGUGCCAAAUUACCCAGUGAUACAUUUACAAAAUUAACACCACUUUGGCGAUGUGCCUAUACGGUGCGCAAUGGGACAAUUAUGUAUCAAUAUACUCUCCGGCUACCCAUUAAUUCUCCCCUCAAAUAUGAUAUAAUUGGUUUACCAAUGCCAACACAUGUCUUGGCACGUCGCAUGACCGCCUUACAAGCCUGUAUUGCUCUACAUUCUUCCGGUGAACUGGAUAAUAAUUUACAACCAAUUGGUAAGGAAGGAUUUCGGCCACUCGAACCAGAUUGGGAAAAUUUCGAGCUAGAGGAACAGGAUGAGAAAAUCGUGCAGGAAAAUAGUGAACCAAGACCGGGUACUACAAAACGAAGGCAGUAUUACUAUAAGAGGAUAGCAUCGGAAUUUUGUAAUUGCCGACCAACGCCAGGCGUUGAAUGUUAUCUCUAUUUACUUGAUCUCACCCUCCAAUGCCCAAUACCAGAAGAACAAAAUACUCGUGGAAGAAAAAUCUAUCCUCCCGAAGAUGCGGUACAAGGUUUUGGCAUUUUGACACUUAAGAAAAUACCCAAAGUCAGUUCUUUUCCAAUAUUUACACGAUCGGGCGAGGUAAAAGUCUCAUUGAUACUACAUCCACAACGCAUUGUAUUGACUAAAGAGAAUAUCUCAUCCAUAAACACAUUCAUAAAUUAUACAUUCACCAAAGUAUUGCGUUUGAAAAAAUUUCUAAUGCUUUUCGAUCCGGAAUCAACAGAAAAUUGUAUAUUCAUUGUGCCAACGGUUAAGACUGGCGAUGGUGGCAAAGUUAUCGAUUGGCAAUUUUUAGAUUUAAUCGAACGUAAUGCUAAUAUGAUGCCUACACCGGUACCGGAGGAAGUACGACAUGCCACUGAAUUUUCAGCGGAGAAAUUUAAAGAUGCCGUCGUCAUGCCUUGGUAUAGAAAUCAAGAUCAACCGCAUUAUUUUUAUGUAGCUGAAAUAUGCCAUCAGCUAUCACCGCUCAGCAUAUUCCCCAGCAUGAAAUAUCAUACAUUUAUGCAUUAUUAUUAUUUGAAAUAUGGUUUGAAAAUCCAUCCCAAGCAGCCAUUAUUGGAUGUAGAUCAUACCAGUGCUCGUUUGAAUUUCCUCACACCGCGGUAUGUAAAUCGUAAAGGUGUGGCACUGCCAACAAGUUCCGAAGCCACCAAACGUGCCAAACGAGAAAAUCUCGAAUUAAAACAAAUUUUGGUACCCGAACUUUGUACGGUCCAUCCGUUUCCGGCAUCUUUGUGGCGCACCGCCGUAUGUCUGCCUUGUAUUUUAUAUCGAAUUAAUGGUUUGUUGUUGGCGGAUGAUAUCCGGAAAAAGGUGGUCAAUGAUAUUGGUUUGGGUAAACCAGAAUUACCCGAAGAUAAGGAGUGGCCAAUGUUGGAUUUCGGUUGGAGUCUAAGUGAUGUUUUGAAAAAAUCCAAAGCCACAAAGGUCCAACAACAAUCGAAUGACGAUGAAAGUACUACGAAAAAAGAUGGCAACAAAGAAGAGGCAUCGUCUUCAUCAUCGUCGAAAAAACAACCUGAUCUUGAAGAUGAUUCCAUAUUUCAGGAUGAUUCAAAUGCUGAUAAAACUAUAAACGAAAUAGUUCAGGAUGCCGAACGUAAGCUCAGAGAGGAAGGAGGUGGUUUUGUUGAAAUUGGUACAUGGUCAAAUGAUAUGGCUGCCGAUAUCGAGUAUAAAAUACGUUCCUCCGAUACAGAUAGCGAUGAUUAUGAUGAGCUAAUGGAUGGCGUUUUACCACCAACAAUAAAACUAUGCGGUAAAGCUGCACGAGCAACAUCUCCCACAUUUCAUGACAUUUCUCUUGACGAGGAUAUCGAAAAAGAAACGAAAAAAGAAAAAUCACAAUUUAAAUAUUACGACUCCGACGAAUCACCCUACGAGUCGAGUUUUGCCAGUGAUGCCGACAUGGACGAUAUGGAGGGUGAUAUCGAUAUGGAUGAUAUUGUGAUAACAUCAAAAAAUGAAGCUGAAACAAUUGAAACGGAACAAGAUAUUGAAAAAUUAAAUAAACAAUUGUCAAUAAUACAAGAGACCAAGGCCAAUGAACGUGACUAUCAGGAAACAAAAAAUCUUCUAGUUGGUUAUAAUUUUGCAGACGUAAAACAACAACAUGCCGACGAGCUGCAAAAAUCUAUAGAAGAUUUUAAAACAUCUACACAACGUUUUGUCACAGAGAUACAAAAAUCGGGAAUGUUAGUAGAAUACAAUCAGACAAUGAAAUUAUUACACAAGAAAUCCAAUGAGAAUGGGGGCUCCGCAGAUAACAAAACAUUGGAAUUAUGUUUGGAGAUAUAUAAAAAAUUACUGCCCUAUGUAAAGGAUAUGGAUUUACAAAAUCUACUAAGUCAAGGUACAUUGAAAUAUGUGUUAUCCUUGGAAACUUUACAUUCGCUCAACAUGCAAUGGAUAAAAGAACACCCCGAUGAGUCGUUUACAAUCGAAGGAUGUGGAGAUUUAUUUGAUAGUUUUAAUGAUGCAAUUUAUCUGCACACCAUUAAAGAAGAUAAGAACUGCAAACAAAUUAAAUUAAAUUUUGAGAUACAAGGCAAAGAAUAUCCUCCACAAGAAAGUAAAAAGGGAAACAAAACAGAUACGGAUAUGUUUACAUUUGGGGGAACCAAUGCUGAGCCCACUUUUAGUUUUGAUUAUCAACCGGAUUUGUCUACACACCCCGGACCAAGUCCAAGUAUUAUUUUACAAGCCCUAACCAUGUCCAAUGCCAAUGAUGGUAUCAACUUGGAAAGACUAGAAACGAUUGGUGAUUCAUUUUUGAAAUAUGCCAUCACCACAUAUUUAUACAUAACCUAUGAGAAUGUCCACGAGGGGAAAUUAAGUCAUUUACGUUCAAAACAAGUGGCCAAUUUAAAUUUAUAUCGUUUGGGUAGACGUAAAAAAUUGGGUGAAUAUAUGAUUGCCACUAAAUUUGAACCAAGCGACAAUUGGCUGCCACCGUGCUAUUAUGUUCCAAAGGAAUUGGAAAAGGCAUUAAUUGAAGCCAAAAUACCACCACAUUAUUGGAGUUUAGUUGAUUUGGUGAAUAUUAAGAAAUUGACAAAUGCCGAAAUAUGUGAACUUGUUCGAAAGAAGGCCGACGAAUGGGGUUGUAACGGCAGUGGAAAUAAACUUGAACGAGAAUGGGAUGAUCCGAAUUAUAUACCAUAUGAAUUUUCUUGUUUUAUACCAUAUAACUUGGUAUCGCAGCAUAGCAUUCCAGAUAAAUCUGUUGCCGAUUGUGUUGAAGCCUUAAUAGGGGCAUAUCUAAUCGAAUGUGGUCUUCGCGGUGCUUUACUCUUUAUGGCAUGGUUAGGAAUACGAGUAAUUCCCUAUGAACGCGUCCCCUAUGACCCCAGCAAACCACGAAUACCAGGAAGCACUUUACCAGAUUCGGAUAAUAUGAUUACUGUAUAUGGUUCAUGGUCACCGCCAAAAUCACCAUUAUUACAUUACACCCCAAAUGCUGAAGAAGCGCUGGACGCAUUAUUGCAAGGUUAUGAGGAAUUUGAAGCAAGUUUAGGUUAUAAAUUUCGUGAUCGUUCAUAUUUGCUGCAAGCCAUGACACAUGCCUCGUAUACUCCGAAUCGUUUAACUGAUUGCUAUCAACGUUUGGAAUUUCUGGGUGAUGCUGUGCUGGAUUACCUAAUAACCCGACAUUUAUACGAAGAUCCACGUCAACAUUCACCGGGAGCUUUAACAGAUUUACGUUCGGCUUUAGUAAAUAAUACAAUAUUUGCUUCUUUGGCUGUGCGACAUGGUUUCCAUAAAUAUUUUCGCCAUUUAUCGCCCGGUUUGAAUGAGGUUAUAGAUCGUUUUGUGCGAAUACAAACUGAAAAUGGUCAUAGUAUAAGUGAAGAGUAUUAUCUCUUGUCCGAAGAGGAAUGUGAUGAUGCUGAAGAUGUUGAAGUGCCAAAAGCUUUGGGAGACGUUUUUGAAUCAGUAGCUGGAGCUAUUUUCUUAGAUUCGAAUAUGUCUUUGGAUGCGGUGUGGCGUGUCUAUUAUAAUAUGAUGCGACCCGAGAUAGAGCAGUUCAGUAAUUUCGUGCCAAAAUCACCCAUACGAGAAUUGCUUGAAUUGGAACCCGAAACAGCUAAAUUUGGUAAACCCGAAAAAUUGGCCGAUGGUCGGCGGGUACGUGUUACCGUGGAAGUCUUUUGCAAAGGCACAUAUCGUGGUAUUGGUAGAAAUUAUCGUAUUGCAAAAUGCACAGCUGCCAAAUGUGCUCUACGUCAAUUGAAGAAAAAUAAUUUAAUAGAGAAACGUUAACAAUUUCUUCU